GAGGGCUGCAUUGGAAUUUGAUGUCUUCAGUUUCAUACAACACGCUGAGCAAUCGCCAUCGAGAGUAUAAAUUUCGCCUCUUGGUUUGGCGCUCUCACAUAGGCACCCUUCCCCUUUUACUUAUAGCCCAUCCCUAGUAAUAUCAACAGCCCAGAAUGGCUCUAGCAUCCGUAUCUCGAAACGUCGUGAAGAAGAUAUUGGCGGUAGAGACUCCAGAAGGUGCAGGUGCUCUUGUGCGACGAUCGAUCGGGAGUAUGAACUUGCGAAACUUGACCCCUUUUUUGAUGUUGGACCAUUUCCAUGUUUCCAAAGGCGCUGGCUUUCCCGACCAUCCCCAUCGUGGUCAAGCUACUGUGACCUAUAUGCUCGAAGGAUCAAGUCGACAUGAAGAUUCAGCAGGUCACAAAGGCACUAUCGAGACGGGUGGAGUACAGUGGAUGUGUGCCGGAAGGGGAAUCAUACAUGCCGAAAUGCCAGUACAUGGAACUGGCGUACCAGAACCCAGAGGACUUCAACUCUGGGUAGAUUUACCCAAGCAGUUUAAGAUGGUGGAACCCUCUUAUCAAGAGUUAGGCCCAGACCAAAUUCCCACUGCUUAUCCAGAAGGCACAGAAGGUGGAAUAUCUGUCAAGGUUAUCAGUGGAAAGAGCCAUGGUGUUGAGUCACCAGUGAGACCUCUUGGAGGUUGCUGGUUCUUCCAUGUUAUCAUGAAGAACAAAGGAUCUACGAUAUUCCAAGAUAUUCCCACUGGUUGGACAUCGUUCAUCUAUAUCUUGAAGGGGAGUUUGGGCAUAGGGAAAGACGGCCUUUCAAAUGAUGCUUUCCACACCCUAGUAUUAUCAAGCAAUAGCGACGAGGCGGGAGUAAUUGUGAAAUCGACCCAAGAUGCAACUGAGUUCAUCCUGGUUGCUGGAGAGCCUCUGGAUCAGACUGUGUUCCAGUACGGUCCAUUCGUUAUGACCAAUCGUGAGGAAAUCCAGAAAACGCUGAUUGACUAUCAAACUGGACAAAACGGGUUUGAGAAGGCACACACCUGGAAAAGUGUAAUUGGGAACUGACAGUCGAGCGGUGCAUCCAGACAUUCAAUGAAUUAAAUGUUGGUAUACGACUUGUAAUAAUGCAAUUUCUUGCGUACUUUUAUUGGCAGCCGUGUCAAUAUGACAUGAUUACCUGCUCAGAAAUUUUUAUGCUUCGCUUUUAUUUGCAUUUUUGUGUUUCGACUUCUUCAUCACUUUCUCGCCAUCGUCUACAUGCGGCAUCCCCUCCCAGACAUCUUCAAUACCCGCUUCAUCAUCCUCACCAUCUUCAUGAGACGAAUCGAGUUCUUGAUCCCAUAUAACGAUAGUUGGUACGCUUGUCAUGAACACCUUCUCAAGGAUAGCACCCUUCUUUUCUUGCUGCUGCCCUACAUUGGGAGGGGGAGCAAACGUGCUGUGUAUACGGGAGUAACGGUCCAGAGCAGUAGAUGCCAGGAAGGAGGGAGAUGAAGCGACGGAUGAGAUUGCACCCGCUAUACCUAAUGAAAAAAUGUAAAGCAGAUGCAUGUGAGGGAGCCGGGAACACC